AUGGGUGUUGGUGAAAAUAUUGAAGUGUUGCGCAACUCUAUACUACACCUUGGCAGAGGCCCUGCAGACAUCGUUGCGCCUGGCGGCGCUGCUGCCGGUCCUUCUGCUCCUGCCGCCGCUGCAUCUCUCUUGUCGUGCAGUCGUGCAUUCCUGUAUCCGGCUGCCAGACAACAUGCAGCAGGUGCUGUUGCAGCCCCAGUUGCGGUUGUGCCUUCUGCUGCUGUUGGCACUGCUGGCGCAGCAACCGCCCUGUCGUACACUGAAAUACCUGUCGCCACACGAUCCUGGCUUACAGCCUCUUUUCUGCUGUCAGUCCUGGGCACAGGAGAGCGCCCACUGGUUCCUCCCGAGGCCCUUUGCAUGCACUGGGGCCGUGCCGGUAGAGCCCUUGAGCUUUGGAGGCCUCUGACGGCGGCCCUCUUUCAAGGCCCCUUCUCCUUUUCCACGCUCACGCGCAUCUAUGCGUCCUAUGUGGCUCUUCGGCAGCUGGAAACAACAGAGAGACAGGCCCUGCUGCAUCAGCCCUGCAGCGACGUAAAGGCUCUGUCACCCCGGCGACAGCAGCUCCUGCAGCAGCAGCAACAAAAAUUGCUGCAACAGCAACGGGAGCUACAGCACCAGUGGAAGGACCCCAAAGCCUUUGCUGCAGCAGCCGCGUCAGCCUCUGGCACUGCACACCUGUUUCAGUUCUUAGCUGUGGAGUGCUUACUCUUGGCAGCAGCAGGAAGUGCCCUGGGUAUGCCCUUCUAUGGCAGCCCUUUGACCGCCGCUGCCACCUACGUCAUCAGCAAAACCAAUCCGGAAAAAAAAGCACCUCUUCCUCUGGGCCUUCAGGUACCUCAGAAGGUCCUUCCCUUUGCUUUGGCUGCUCUAGAUGCUGUGCAGCAGCAAAGUCUUCAGGGCGCAGUGCCAGCCCUCCUCGGCAUAGCCACAGGACACAUCUUCUACCUCCUCAAGAAGGUUGUGCCGGCAAAGACGGGCAUUCAGAUGUUGCCCUUCCCCUCCCUCACCUACCGCCUGUUGCUGCAAAAGCAGGUACGUGACGCAGCAGGCAGUUCUUCCGCUGCUGCUGCACGCAUUAGUAGCAAAUUCCUGCGCUAA